AUGGACGCCUCGGCUCUUUUCCUUCGCCAGGUCGAGCUGACCCCACGGUCAUCCAGCGUGUCCCCGACUACUUCACAGACCCUUUCCUGUAUCAGAUGGUCAGAGAACAGAACAAAGUAAAUGACGUCACGAAAAAUCCGGGGAGAUUACCGUCGGGGGGAAAGUGGGCAAAUGAACGACGACCACCAGCGGUGAUGACGUUUGCGGAGCCGACAUAUUUCGUUGGACGCGGGGAGUUAUCGGAUCCUUCUCAGAGCUCUUCCACACCCGGCAAAGACUCCAACAAGCGACCAGCAAAUAUGGCGUCUGUGAUUGGCUCAUCAGCAGUUGGAGACUUUCGGCCUGGGGAAUUCCCGGGAACAAAUGACGUCAAUUCGUUCCAAAGACCAGCCAAUGAUGUGGAUCCCACUGAAGAUGAUAACACAGCCACCGACGGCUCUGCUACAUCCGGUGUACCAGAUACAAACAAGGAUGUCGAUGCUGCCUCUGAGAUGGCCAAGGAGCCAGAGCAACAAGACGAUCGUACAGGAGCAGGGUUCAAUCCCGAUAUAAUCAACAACAUGAGCUUCAACGUCUUUAACCCAUCUAGAAUGCUCUCCGACCAGAAAAAUAGACAUGAAAAGCAUACAAUGUUCAAGCGUGCUGUGGACCAAACUUUUCCUGAUCCCUCCCUGUACACAACGAAGUCACCUUUCCUGUGGGGUCAAGUUCAAGGUCAAGACGGCGUAAGCAUGAGCCAAUGGCAGUCACCUUCUCGGAAUGGACUAUUCGACCCAUCUGCUUGGGCGGAUUACAUUGGUUGACAACUUGAAGUAACACCACGAUUAACGAGCGAGAUCUCAGCACUUAUUUCUUUUCACUUCCUCAACAAUACAUUUCUCAAUUCAUUAAAAAAAAAAAAGAAUAUCAAUGUAGUCUUAUUUUUUUUAUUUUUAUAAAAUUUUUAUAGAAUGACUUUUAGUGCUUCAGUUUCAUUCUUUACCUUGCUGAACGUUUUGAGAACCUAUUUGCAAGAUGGUGCACUUCUAAAACAGUGCUUAUCAGCAUUUUGAUAGCAAGCGCCCACUUUUGCUACCUUAAUGAGGCUAAAAAAAUUCGAUACCCAGAUGACCCCCACCACGCACAAAAAGUAUCAAAAUUAAUAGCUCACUUGUUGGCGAUAUCCCUCAGGUUAGCAAGCACUGUUCUGU